UUUGGAUGACACUACUACAGACCGCUUCUUGGACACCACCUCAGCAGCAGGUCCGCAAGUUCGGAUCUCCAUCAUGGAUGUGCUGUGUUGGCCUGGCCGCUGUAGCUAAGUGCGCGCAUUUGCUUCAACGACUGGUUUCGUUGUCCUAGUCGUGCGGACCCACGGGUGGGCAGACAGGCACCAUGAACUCGAUCAGCUACCUCGACUCUGUCCUAUCCCGGUCCCUCAGCACUAGCCGCAAGGGAUCGGGCACAUCAUCUCCCAACAAGAGAUCGGCCAUGAGCAGCGGCUACAACAAUACCUGCGGAAGCGGCGGCCAACAACUGGGCGAUGACGCGAAUCCCAGGCUGUGUCUCGGGCGGAGAGCAUCGGACAACCUCUUGUCCGAUCGUGCCGCCGCUGCCGCCAGACCAUCCCACGCUGGCUUUGGAUUCACGCCUGUUAACCCUCGAUUGGCAGGAGAGGCAGGAAAGGAAGGUAGCACAGAUAAGAACCAGAGUGACGCUAGCCUAUGGCCACAAGGGGACGAGGACAGCUCGAUGGAAAGUAGCGUAGAUGACGCAGGCAGGAGUCGACACCACGAAGGCGGCAGCGGCAGCGCUUCUGGCUUCCUUCGUGGCAAAGGAAACAACAAGAGCCCACACAAGAAGAGUCACAGCGAUCAUCAAGAGCGAUGCGAACGGGAGCGAGUACAUCUACGGAGAGCCGGAAGCACCCCCGGUGACUUCAGUUGGUACUCGAAUCGGCGCGUCGGCUCCACCUCCACCACCAGUUCCAAAGAGAACUAUGGUUGGGGAAGUCUGUGGGGUCUGACAGGAUGGGGUGACAACAGCGGUUGUGCCAGUGGCGGUGGUAGCAACGAAGCAAGCACGCGAUCCAGCUCGGGCGGGAAACGGCGGCGGAAGGGUGGGCUUCACCCAAGUCGGACCGCUUCGUCCUCCAGUGGUGUCUCUGUAGGCAGGGCCUCCGUCCACUCAGACGUGACAAUGAUGUCGGAGAUGGAGCGCGAGAACAUCGUUGACUUUGAAGGAGGCGAAGAAGAGGAGGACCAACUACACGUGGCCGCUCCUCCCUCACGUACAUCUUCGGAUACCCACGAGGGAGAGAAGAGCAUCACUGAAAAAGAUCAAGACGGGAACGAAGCGGAGCGGCGCCAUUUGCCCAAUGUGCAAGACGCAGCCGAUGGCGAUCGCACAUCGUCCAUAUCCAAUAGAAGUACUCUCCAAGAAGACAGCCUGCCGCUGGCAUUUGCGACGGAUCUAGCGACGUCCGAUGCAAAGGCGCAGGUCGAGAGCGGAUCGCUCUUUUCUCUGAAUGAAACACGUGCUCGCGAGGCGCAGCUGAGGGUUUUGCAGUGCAUCCCUUCUGCUCCUCCUUCGUACGAAGCAGCUGUACGGGGAGAACCGAGCGAGAAAGGCCCUCAUGCAACAAUAGCAGGAGAGCGAGACGGACCUGCAGGCUCAGGUACAGGCGCAAACCGCUUCCUUAAGAGCCUCUUUCGAUCUCUCCAACAAGCUAUCCUGUACAUUCUUAUGCUGCCACUGCGCCUCGUACGCCGUGGACGACUAGGCACAGGGCACAAGAUCGCUGUGGGAGCCCGCACUGCAUCUCCUGGCACUGACAUCCUUCCUCCUGAACCAUCAGAGGAGCCUAGGCGGUCCCAUACCGUGAGCCGGCGAAACAACGGAUUGUGUGGCGAAUCUUCACACACAGGGCAUGGUGGCGAAAAGGCGGUGCCGGGCAUAAGCACAGGUACAGGCGAGAACCAGAUUAGUACAACUCCUCAGCAGCUUGUUCCAAAGACUCAAAGUUCUAGUCGGCUGCUACCGAAUCCACAUCCCGUGGAGAAUCUCCUCGGCCACGACCCGAAUGCCAAGCCCCCGCAAGGGCAUGUUGCUCCCGGGACCACCCAAGCGAACUUACCGUUACCAAAGCCGCAUCUCACCUCUUCCAUCAUCCACCACUCUCCCAAGACUCUCGUUCUCGACCUCGACGAGACACUGAUCCACUCGACAUCGCGCUCACCCAACUGGGCAGUCUUGCGCGGUGGCGCUAGCGUCAGCACUGGCGGUGGUCUGCUCGGCAUGGACGGCCUCGGCGAUCUGCUUGGCCUGCGUUCGACCGGUGGACGCCUGCGGCCGCACAUGGUCGAAGUCGUGCUCGAAGGGCGCAGCGUUCUGUACCAUGUCUACAAACGGCCCUGGGUUGACCACUUCUUGCGGAAGGUCGCGACGUGGUACAACGUCGUCAUCUUCACGGCGUCAGUGCAAGAGUACGCCGAUCCCGUGAUCGACUGGCUUGACCAAGGCAGAGGCUUGAUCACUGGCCGCUUUUUCCGAGAUGCGUGCACGUACCAGAAUGGCUCCUACCUUAAGGAUCUCGCCAUCGUCGAUUCAGACUUAUCCAAAGUUUGCCUGGUGGACAAUUCGCCAGCGAGUUAUCAUCUGAACCCAUCGAAUGGCAUUCCCAUAGAAGGAUGGACUCACGACCCGAAAGACGAAGCGCUGUUGGAUCUGCUCCCUGUCCUUGACAGUCUUCGCUUCUCUUCCGAUGUGCGGCAUAUCCUCGGCGUACGAUUGCUGGACUCAUAGUCUACAAUGAGGUCGUACCCACAUGUAUUGGCGCAGAUGUGAAUGAAAGACAUGUGAAAAUCUAU